AUGUCUAGUGAUGAGAGUCCUGCUCAAAAAGACACUGUCCCCUUAUUACUGAGGAAUGUUCCUCGUAAAUAUGACGCCAUUUCAGAACCUACUACUACAAAACAUGUGACAGUAGAAAAUAUUCUGAAGCAAAAGUCUUUACGUGAUGGUCAACUAGAAUGUGGUAAACCAAGUUCUUUAAUUUCCACAUCAAAUCAUGCCGCUAUUGGGAAUUACCCUUGUUCAGCUGCUUUGGUUGUUAAAAACGAAGGAAGUACUGCACGUGACAAUUUCGCGACUGAAAGAACCUUUUUAUCAUGGUUACGUAUGAGUACGGCCUUAAUUUUAACAGGUCUUUCAAUCUGUUUACGUUUUAAUUUAGUUCCUCAACCUACUACACCUAUGUACGUAGAUCCAUUAGACCCAAAUCCAAUGGGUAUCUUACUUAUAGUCGCAGGUAUACUUAUUCUUAUAUGGGCUAUUGUAAAUUACUUUCGAUUUCAAAUGAUGUUAGAACAACGAAUUGCUGUUGUUCAAUAUGGAAAAUUUAAUUAUUUUAUAAUUUCUCUUGUUGCCUCAUUAAUAUUUAUGACAUUAUUUGCAAGUAUUGAUUAUACAAAUCGUGCAAAAGAAAAUAAAGGUGAAACUGUUGGUGCUUCAUUUGUGGAUUCUAUUUUUCGUUGGUGGUUCUUUUGA